AUGAUUGUUCAAUAUUCUUCGCAUGGUGGCCAUCAACAGUGGGUUGCUGAUACCGGUGCAAGCACUCAUAUUACCAAUGACCUGAGCCUCUUAUCCCUUGCUAGACAAUACCACGGUUCUGACAAUAUUGGAGGUGUGCUUGGUGGAACAGGAUUUGGCGACGAGGAAGACACUUUUCUUGGGCAAGAGUAG